AUCUCGCCUUUGCUCACCGCCCACUAACUCAUGCUCGCAGCGCGGAGAGCUCUCCAGCUGCGCAGCGUACACACCAUGGCUACGUCGCGCGACUCGAUAGCGCACGCCUGGCUAGCGGCCGGGUUGCCGGAGAGCACCCUGGCGGCCUUCACAUCCCCUCCUGGCCCCCAGCCCACGCUGCCAUCAAGUUACAAGCUUGGCCACCUCGCCCAAGCGUCCAUAGCACUCGCAGCCCUCGGCGCGUCGCAAGUCCAAGCCGACAGGCUCGGCACGCCCCCCGCCCCCGUCUCGGUCGACACCUCCGCCGCAGCCAUCGCAUUCAAGUCGGACCACUUCACGCGGCUCGACGGCGAACGCCUGCCCAACCCAUGGGGACCUAUUGGUGGCCUGCAUACCGUCGCCGACGGGCACGUUCGCAUCCACGACAACUUCCCGCACCACUGCGAGGGUAUCCUCCAGCUGCUCUUGUGCGAACGCCGCCCUGCUGACCGCGCCGAGGUGGCGGAGAAGAUCAAGAGCUGGGGCAAGGUCGCGUUCGAGGACGCCGCGCAUGAUGCCGGGCUGUGCGCGUACGCUCUCCGCAGCGAGGCCGAGUGGGCCGCUGAGGUGCAGGCCGAGGCGACGCUGCCGCUGCCUGAGAUCACGCGGACCGGCGACGGGCACCACGCGUGCCCGAGCUUUGUGGCUGCUCCACGCGAAGUGGUCGCCCGCCGCCCGCUCGCCGGCCUGCGCGUCCUCGAGCUGACCCGCAUCAUUGCUGGCCCGGUAGCAGGGCGCACGCUGGCCGCGUACGGUGCCGACAUGCUGUGGAUCACGUCGCUCAACCUGCCCGACCUGCCGGCUGUCGACCGCGACGUGGGGCGCGGGAAGCGGACCGCCCAGCUCGACCUCGACACAGAGGACGGCAGGGCCAAGCUGCGCGAGCUCGUGGCUGGCGCCGACGUGUUUCUGCAGUCGUACCGCCCUGGCUCGCUCGCCGCACGCGGGUUCGGGUACGACGACGUGCGGGCAAUCAACCCGGGGAUCAUCUAUGCGUCGUUGUCUGCGUGGGGACCGCACGGGCCGUGGGCUAACCGCCGCGGCUUCGACAGCCUGGUACAGACGGCAACGGGGAUGAACGUGUCCGAAGCAGUUGCGGCCGGGGACGCCAACGUCGUCGCGCGCCCGCUGCCGACCCAAGCACUAGACCACGGCGCGGGCUACUUCCUUGCCUUUGGAAUCCUUGCGGCUCUGCACCGCCGGGAGACCGAGGGCGGGAGCUACAACGUCGAUGUCAGCCUCGGCGGCGUGCAGCGCUGGCUCGCGGCCUUGGGACGGCUCGAGGACGGGUUUGCCGUCCGCGACUCUGCAUUCGAAGAUGCCGACGUGCAGGCCCUCCUUGAGACCCGCGAGAGCGGGUUUGGGGCCCUCAACUCUACGAAGCACGUCGGGCUGAUUGACGGCGCCGAUGUUGGGCCCAUAUCAACCACGUCGCCUGCGCGCGCGCCCGACCGACCCAAGCUCGAGGCCAAAACCCUGCUCAUAGUCUACCACUCGUACACGGACGGGACACGACAGAUGGCACAGGCGGCGUGGGAGGCGGCGACGGGCGUGGCCAACGAGGCCGACGUGCGGUUCUCCGUCGACCCGAACGACUUUGGCGACGCGGCGCAACUGCCCAUCCAGGUGCAGCUCGUGCACGCUGCCGAGGCCGAGCCCGAGGACCUGCUCAACGCCUCGAGCUACAUCUUCGCGACGCCCGAGAACCUCGCGUCCAUGAGCGGCGUCAUGAAGGAUUUCUUCGACAGGUGCUACUACCCCUGCCUAGACAAGCUCAACGGGCGCGCAUACGCUGUGCUCAUCUGCGCGGGCAGCGACGGGGCCAAUGCGCUCCGCCAGCUCGACCGCAUUGCGACCGGCUGGCGCCUCCGCAAGGCCAUGGACGGGACGAUUGUGUGCACGCACGCGCAGGCGCCAGAACGCAUCCUCGCCACCAAGACGAUCCCAGAGGCGGAUUUGAAGCGCUGUCGUGAGGUCGGAGAGGGAAUGGCUGAGGGGCUGGCAAUGGGCGUUUUUUAA